AUGCUUCCCGCACUAACAGAUGUUGAGGAACCUGAAAAUGAACCAGAGGCUAUUAGGAAACAACCAACCAUUGAGAAACCUGCUCCUAUUUUAGCACCACCCAAAGAUGCUGAAAGCGACUGUUUAAUGUGUGUUGAAUUUGUUUAUCCUUGUUAUGCAAACAAGAAGCAACUGGAGCAAAGUAGUGAAGGGGAGAAGAAAGAAAGUGUUGGUGCUCCUUUAGAGAACAGAAUCUUAAAGAAGAAGAAAUCUAAGAAAGAAAAAUCAUCAAAGGAACAGGAGGAGCAUGAUCAAAAUCUGGAGAAAGGAGACAUUGAAGCUGAAGUGGCAGAUGCAACUGCAGUUGACAUAAAGAAAAGGAUAAAGAAGGUGACCUCCAUGAGGAAGAAGAAAUCAAGCAAAGAGAUGGAUGUCGAACAGUUGAAUAAAAGGGCUUCUUACUUGAUGUAA